AUGGCGACCAAGAAGGAUAUGCGCAGAGCUGACCUGGUCGUACCGUAUGUGGACCCGGCGUCGAAGAAGAAGGAUGGCGACAUGGCCAGUGCCCUCUCAAGCACAUUGCCCAUGGCGGCGAUGUUUACGCGAAGCAGGAUGAUCGGAUGGACGUCGGUUGUAUUUUCACUCCAAAAUUGGAUGGCCGAGUCUCCAGAGCAGAAGAAGAACUCAUCUACACCAGGCUACUUGUCAGUAAUCAUGUCUGUUAUGGCGGUUAUUGUUACCUACGUUCCCUUAUUCCUACCUCCUCAAGCGGGAAGACCGGGCAAGGCGGCUCCCACGUCCUCUCCCACCCUAGCAGCAUAG